UCCUGAUGACGUACGGCCAACCGUUGCAAGUUGACAGCUGAACAACAAAUGCUCCUAAAAUGAGCUCAUUAGCAACAUAACGAACAUUUAUAACAUUUAUAACACUAUAGCUCGGUGGCUGCUUUUACAUGAGCAUGAAGUGAAAGUGCCCUCGACCCCGCUCCGCCCGCACCAGCAGUUAUUAGCGGACUGAAAGGCAGUUUCACAGACAUCAUGUCGUUCGUGGUGGACUCGGUCAUCAUGUUCACCUCACAGGUGCUGUUCUUUGGAUUUGGCUGGUUAUUCUUCAUGCGGCAGCUGUUUAAAGAUUACGAGGUGCGACAGUACAUUGUCCAGGUGGUUUUCUCUGUCACUUUUGCUUUUUCAUGUACCAUGUUUGAGCUCAUCAUCUUUGAGAUUCUGGGUGCCUUAAGUAGUAGCUCCAGGUAUUUCCACUGGAAGCUGAAUCUGUAUGUGAUACUGCUGGUUCUAAUCUUUGUGGUGCCUUUCUACAUUGGCUACUUUGUUGUCAGUAACAUACGCCUGUUGCAGAGACAGAGGCUUCUGUUCGCUUGUAUGGUGUGGUUUACCUUUAUGUACUUCUUCUGGAAGUUGGGGGACCCAUUCCCCAUCCUGAGUCCAAAACAUGGCAUCCUGUCCAUUGAGCAGCUAAUCAGUCGUGUUGGUGUGAUCGGAGUCACACUCAUGGCUUUGUUGUCCGGGUUUGGUGCGGUCAACUGUCCGUACACGUACAUGUCCUAUUUCCUCAGAAAUGUAACUGACAGUGACAUCCUUGCUCUGGAGAGACGGCUGCUCCAGACUAUGGACAUGAUUGUCAGCAAGAAGAAACGAAUUGCCAUGACACGGAGGCAGAUGUACCAGCGUGGGGAAGACCAGAACAAACAGACAGGAUUCUGGGGCAUGAUCAAGAGUGUCACCUCCACACAAACAGGCAGCGAAAAUCUCUCUCUGAUCCAGCAGGAGGUCGAUGCUCUAGAGGAGCUGAGUCGACAACUCUUUCUUGAGACUGUGGACUUGCAAUCUACCAAGGAGCGAAUUGAGUACUCAAAGACAUUCCAGGGGAAAUACUUCAAUUUCCUCGGCUACUUCUUUUCCAUCUAUUGUGUUUGGAAAAUCUUCAUGGCCACUAUAAACAUUGUGUUCGAUCGAGUUGGAAAGACGGAUCCAGUGACGAGGGGUAUUGAAAUUACAGUGAACUACUUGGGGAUCCAGUUUGAUGUAAAGUUUUGGUCCCAACACAUUUCUUUCAUCUUGGUGGGUAUAAUAAUCGUUACAUCCAUUCGUGGCUUACUCAUUACCCUCACUAAGUUCUUCUAUGCAAUAUCAAGCAGCAAGUCCUCCAAUGUCAUCGUGCUUGUCCUCGCUCAGAUCAUGGGGAUGUAUUUUGUUUCAUCCGUAUUGCUGAUGCGUAUGAGCAUGCCGCUGGAGUAUCGCUCCAUUGUGACAGAAGUUCUGGGAGAGCUGCAGUUCAACUUCUACCACCGCUGGUUUGACGUAAUCUUCCUGGUCAGCGCCCUUUCCAGCAUCCUUUUCCUGUAUCUUGCCCACAAGCAGGCACCAGAGAAACACAUGGCCCUCUGAUUCCCCACAUCUCUCCCCACCUGGAUGUGACCCCUGGGGUGACUUUGAUUCUGGAAUAGGGAUAUCAAGGAAUUUUUUUAAAAUAUAAAUUACAUAAUUAUCUGGACUGCCGGGUUCCUGAAUCAGGAAUGGCUGAUUGUUGGAUACAAGUGAUGGGGAACCUUUGGAGCACAUGAGGAGACAACUUUGAAAGUGGACUUUCUCGAAUUAUUAUCAAACCAUUUACAGAACAAACAUUACUAUUAGGAAUUUAAUUUUACAUGCAAACGCAAAAACUUUGUAAUCUGUGCUCUUUAUUUUGGCCAAAUUGAUCUUUACUUUCUUUUGUCUGAACACACUGGAGCUGUACUGUUCACAGCACAUCCCUGCUUCACUUUCACUGAGGUGGACUACGGACUGUGUGAAGGAAAGAUCACAAUGUCAAUCAUGAUCUCCGUCCUGAAGCGGCUGUUAUUUUUAAUAAAGUAUGUAAUUUAAUUGGGAACAAAAACAAAUACCCAUAAAGUAAGCUUAAUUCAGAUAGCAUUUGUUCAUUUAUUUGUGUUCGUGGAAGUUUAAAAUCAUUUUAUUUUAUUUGGAAACAAAAAACAACAAAAUUUAAAUUUUAGAACAUUAAAUAAAGGCAGCAGUCUUUGCAUAGAGAAAAAUACAUGAAAGUCUACAGUAUUUACUGGCAACAUAAUAGUGUUAGCUUAGGCUUUGUAGGCUGUACUUAUCUUGGUAACAUUGGUAAUCUCAUGUUUGGGAAAGACAUUAGUCAGAUCAUUGUACAGACUCAGUAAUGAGUAGAUCUACUGUUUGCAUCGAAGGACAAAAGUAUUCAGCAACCUGUUUUGUUCUCAGCCCUUUAUACAUGCAACUAUUCUGCUAUGAUUGAGAUAUUGACAGUGAAUUUCAAAAGUCUUAGUACUGUCCUUGUUCGGUUUUUUGUCUCCUGUAAUAUUAACUGGAUGUGUAAAGCCCUUAGAGUUGAUUGUUUGAAAAAACAAUGGAUGAACAUUAGAUUGACGUAGGCCAAAUCAGGAAACGGAUCCUUUUGGUGGCUUCUUAGAGUCUCUCGUCGAAACUGUCUUCAGAGGAAGAUGAUGAGGACUAGAAGAAAGGGAAAAUAGGAAAAAUAAAAUCACAAUUAUUUUAGACAUUGGACAUUUUCAGCUUAAUAGCUGAAAAGGGAAUGACAUCACACGUGCUACAAUUCUAGCCCUUAUUAAGGAUGCAGCAAGUACACGGCCACCGAUAAAUAAGACUUGAGUCUUCAGUCAGUCAUGCUAUUGGUCCUGUGAGAUCAUACUUGAGCACAGCAGUGCAUAAAGCUAAAUGCAUACGGCAGUAUGCUAACAAUGACAAUGCUAACAUGUUGAUGUUUAUCAGAUAUAUUUCUGAUAUUUAUUAUAAUCACCAUCACUCAAAACUACAUUAACGUCAUGGUGGUGUUCCAAGUCGGGAUCACUGACAUCUCAUGGCAAUCCAUCCAAUAAUUGUUAGAUAUUUCAAUCAGGACUAAAGUGGUUGACUGACAAACCAACAUUACCUAGAGCCACACUACUAGCUUAAAGGUGCAAUAUAUAUAUAUAUAUAUAUAUAUGUGGAGUUACUGCUGGCAACUGUAGAUGUUGUUAGGUAGUUGGCUCAGUUAGCAAUGCAGCUAGUGGCCCCAUUGGCUGUAUACUGUAUUUCUAUGAGCUGACUCUUUUUGUACUUGGAGCCCGGAGCACCGGGGAAGUGUUUGUGUUUACGUGGCUAGCACAGGAACUUUUGACUGCUGGGAGGUGCAGCGUUUCAGAACCAGGCGUUGGAACCGGAUUCAACAGGGCUGGACCGGGACCGAAAACAGACUCUGAGACCAACGCAGGCCACUUCACUGAUAGGGAAUACGCUACCGAGGUUAUUUCUAAUGACUCUGACUUGGACUCUUGACUUCACUGUUAGAUCCCACUGAAUCCUUCACACUGGACCUGUAAAUGUUACCUGUGAACAUUUAAACAAGUACCACUCACCCUCUCUUUUGCUGGUUCAGGGGGGGAUUCAGGUCUGGCCUCUUUCUCAUGUCGCUCCUCCGUGCUGGUCUCUGGAGUAUCUGCAUAGUGGACUUGGGCAUAAGAUGUUUCCCCGAGGAGCAGGCGUGUGAUGGUCACUCCUUUAGCUUUGAGCUCGUCAUAGACGUUUCUUUUAGCCACCAGCAUCUCCAGAGAGCUGCCACAGCUGCGGAUUAUUGCCACCACCUCGUCAUGGCUGCUCUGCUCCACAUUUACUCCGUUCACCUCCACCACAAUGUCGUCAUCCUCCAGACCAGCCAUGUCAGCCACUCCACCCUUCACCACCUGAAACAAAGUGUGUCUUACCACUUUGAUUUAAAAUGCUAAUAAUUAAAUGGCAAUUAAUUAAUUAAUGAAUUAAUUAAAUUCUUACGUCUUUGAUGUACUGUCCACACAUCCCCUGGAUGCCGUUUAGGUGAAAGCCAUAGCCAGCUGAGGUCUUCUCCAUCUUACACAGUUUAGGCCUAAGCUCCUCCUUCCUCCCCUGAACAGUUGUGGAGGGUCGGACAGGAGCAGGUAAAUUUAAGGCCUCUGUGUAACUGGGCGGUGAGUUGGACUCCUGCAUCUCCUCGUAGAACAGCAUAGGAGACACUUUCCCCUGUUGAGGGAUACAGCCAUAACAUUAAAUAGAUUGUCUGCAGCCUUUACUAGAGUGUGACAUUGGCACCGCGACUCACCUGCUUAUAUAUUUGGUCCGUUUCUUUGUCCACCACUAGGAGGCAGCAGUUGUUGCCACUCUGCCUGAACCUGUCCACCACUUGCUCAUGGCUGCAGCCGUCCACCUCCUUACCAUCCACAGCCACUAGUCUGUCCAUUUCCUUUAUACCUGCUCUUUCUGCUGGGCUGCCUUUGUCUAUAUCCUUGAUGAAGUGGCCUGCAAUCAAUCAGCAAAUUGUCAAAAUACAUCCUUCUCUCUGGUUUAAUCUUCGCCAAAAUACCACUUAUUUAUAAUAUAUUCAUCGUGGUCUUGCCUGUUUGCCUGGGAUACUCCCUGAGGAGGAAGCCAUAGCCAUCAGAUCCUUUGGUCAUGUUGAUGAUGCGUGGCUUGUGAGGGAGAUACUUGGCUGUGGCUAACCAUGCUCCUAUCUUUAUACGCUUGUUCCCGUAGAACCUGUCUGUUUCCUCAUCCACCAACAGGACCAUUAGGCUGCUGCCAGCCAGUUUGAUCUUGUCCACUACUUGAUCGUGUGUGCAGUCUUCUAUGUUCUCCCCGUUGAUCUCCAGCAGACGGUCGUUGAGUUUGACCCCUGCCCUGUGAGCCACGCUUCCUGGGGUCACCUCUGUCAUGAACAAACCCUGCUCACCUAGAGAGGAUGUUACAGGAGAUAGGAACAAAGCCAAAAAUAAGCAAACUUACAGAUAUUUCAGCUGAGAUUACGAUUACAUUGCGAAUAACAGUACCACCUAAUAAGAAAGUACCCUUAAUAAAGCAAUUACUAAUACUUCAUAGAUCAGUCAUAAGCCAUUCAUAAGAACUUUUGUUGGAUGCCAAGUCGUGCAAAUUUGGCUGGUUUUCAUCCUCCUCCAAUAUGACACUUAUGUUACAUUUAAUUUUGCUCCACCUGACCUCUGACCCUCUGGAAAAGAGGGUUUUACACAUCAAAACCUGUUUCCAACUCUUGGAGGAGGUGAAAAAAGUUUUGUGGCUCCAGAGAGAAUAGUUUGAAAUCAGUCCGGUCUACAAGUUUGAAAAUUUCCAAAAAUCCGGGAUGUUGCACCAACAGUCCUCCUACAAGCUGCGGCAAUUAUAUGAAAUGGUAUACACUUGCUGUCUCCUAAGUGGGCAUGAUCCCCCCCCUCACCUGAAGUGUUGUGUAUGUCGCAUAGAUGGCUGAAAGCCGAUUGGGUUGUGCUAGAGACGGUUCAGAAAGUUAUUUAAGUUUUAGUUCAAUCAAUCAUAUCAUUGGUGACAUUAGACCGAUGAUUCAGCAGAGAAGAGAUAUCUGCAUUGCCAGAUCUCGCACCAGUGUUUUCCUGCUGAGGCAGUCAGGUCUUGACCAAAGUUAAUUUGUUUGUGAUUCGUAUGUUUGACAAAUUGCAUUUUAGUGUCUGAAUGUUCGGAAGAUAUGUGGCUUGUGAGUAAUGGGUCGAAUAUUUACUUUGGUGACUAUGGAGCGAAAGAAUGGGUCAUGAUCUGUGCUCAUGUUCACUACUCCCAUUGGAGUGAAAACACUGAGCACCACCGCUAGUCUCCUAAAGGGGAAGGGCAGUGGCUAAACCCAUGUGACAGAUCCAGGAAAUGACUUUUCAGUGUGAUAUCUCUUUUCUAAAGAGUCUCUGAGGCUAACAGCUUGAGGCUGACAUUAGCUGCUAUUAACACACCCAAAUCUCGAACCGAUCUGUCUGUGGUCGAGUUGUGGAUAAUGUAGGCGCCAGGUUUUGACAAUAUCUUUGUUUCUGCUAAAACAAGUUUGAUAGGCUACUUAAAAACAAUAAUUGUCCAUCAUGAGUCCAGGAUCGUUAGGAGUAUGCUAAUAUUAAUAUUAAUUUACAUCUGCAGAUUUUAUUGUUGUUGAAUUUUAUCACUUUCUAAUAAGCCACAGCUGUUGUUAUAAAUGCUAAUAUAUUGCUAUAUGGUAUAUAUAUAUAUUAGUAAAGAGGCUUUCACACUGUUGCACCGUAACUUGCCGCCUCCAGUCAUUUCAAUGAGGGGAAAACAAGAUAUAUAACUUAAGUCUAGUGUUCUGAGACGUGGAAUGUCACAUAUAAUGUCUUUAAAGGGUUUUCACGACAAUCUAUCAAGUCCGCAGUUAUGAGCGUUAACUGGUGUUAAAGAGUAACUUAACACUGUAAAGCAGUGUUUCAAGGCCUCUCUAAUUCAAGGUUUCAAGACUAUUAUAGGUGUGGUGUGGUUGGGUGAAAUCAGAAGUGGGCUCUGUUGCACCUGUAACCACACCCACUAGUGAUGUCACAAGGCCCUUGAGCACACCUGUGCAUCACUUCAGCGAGGUUAGAAGUUAAACCGUCAGCAAAACUUCCUGAUGAGUUAAAGACUUAAAUGUAAUAAGACAAAGAAAGUAUAAUUCUGGAGGAGGAUAUUUACUAACCAAUGAGAGAUUUUACAAACCCCAAAGUUCUUAUUAAAGACUUAUUAGUUGUUACUAAAAGAAAUUGAAAAACAUUUUAACUAUUAAAAAAGUCAUUAACGCGUGCGUUAUUAGAAAGUGUUACAAAAUGAUUUCCUGCUUUAAGUUCAGUAAAUCUAAAGUUACAAAUCCCAGCAUCGAGUUUUAUUUUUUAUCAGUUUGACCCCAUAUAGGUAGAUACAUUAAACAGGUAUAUUUGUAUGUUUCAUUUUGACAUUUUAAAGAUUUUUUUAAAUAAUUUAUCAUAAAUUGUGAUUAACUCUGCCUCCUCAGCUCACCUUUGACUGAGCGAAGAGAAAAACCAAAACCUGAGCUGGACUUAACCAGGUAGCAGAGUUUGGGUUUUGGAUCCUGUUUGCCCACACCGUUGACAACUGGUGUGCUCUGAGAGCCAGACAGGUUCUCUCCCUGUGCUUUUGCUUGCUUGUAGGAGGCUUCAUCCAGGAUGUGGAAUGUGACUGAUGCGCCACUGUUUCUCACAAUGUCCACAACCUGUCCCACGGAAACACAUAAAUAGCAGAAGGGUUUUGAGAAAGAGGUCUGUCACAGUGCAAGGCCAUCAGUCUAUGGAGCCCCAGAACUGAAAAAUGUAGUAAAAAGUCAGAGAUAUAGCAGAAGUUUUAUAAUUAUUAUUUAACCUCCAAUAAGUUGGUAAAAAUCAAAAAGCUUUUGUUUUUUUCUUUACCAACAAUUAGUUGAUAAAUAAAUUGAAACUUAAUUAAUUUCUCUUCUAUCUAUAUUUCACUAUCGCUCAUUUUAUUUUUAUUAUUUUUAUGUUUUGGGUCUUGAUACACAUUAAUUGAUCUAUUCUAUAUUCUAUAUUCUAGCCAUGCAGCAUUUUUACCGCUCUCUUAUAACAGAAGCUAAAACAUUUCAGCAAACGUACGACUAAUGCUAACGCAGUUAUCCAGAUAAUGUUACUUUGUAACAUUCAAGUUCACAGAAACCGUCAUUACAGUUGUCUUCAUCUUCAACUGCAUGUCUCUUGUCUUUAUCAAGGACCUUAAUGGAAACAAGUCUUGGGCUAUUUGUGUCGUUCUUGACAUUUUGUAGAAGUGCCUCUUUGCAUAAUGUUAAAUAUACUAAAAAUGGAAUAGAUAAAUGAUUAAAUGUGUGCCAAGGCCUGAAAAUGUAUUAUUUUAAUGUAAUGUAUUUGUCAACUGAUAAGUGGUAAAAAGAAAAAAGAAAAAAACCUUUUUGCUUUUUUACCAACUGAUGGUUAAGGGGGGAAAUGUUUAAAUCACUCCAUUUAUUAUUAUAUUUAUUGACUGAUUAUUUAACUAACCGUUUUAUUUAUUGAUGUACUCACUUAUUUUUGAUGACUUGUCUAUACAUAACCUUUUACUACAGCACAUUUAGUCAUUUCCGGAGCUCCAUAUUAGGAGUUCUUAUUGAUUUCAUUAAUAAUUCAGAGGUAAUUCCACAUUACCUCUGAGUGGGACAUUGCAUCAACAAAUGUUCCAUUGACCCGCAGGAUG